AUGCACUGGAAUGUAGGCUAUAAGAGUUGGGCGGUAUUCGCACUAGUCUUCGAGCUACGUACGGUGAUCGCGCAGAGUAAUGAGACUUUGGUCCCAUUCGCGUUCAAACCUCUUCCCCUCGGCUCCAUUAAGCCAAACGGCUGGUUGAAAGACCAACUCACCCUCUCGGCCAACGGUCUGGCAGGCCACCAACACGACUUCUACGACUUUGUCGCGCACUCGACCUGGCUUGGUGGCACCUCGGAAUACUCCUCCUUACGUGAAGGGUUCCCCUACUGGUUUAACGGCCUGGUUCCCCUAGCGUAUACUCUCGAUGAUUCGCGUCUUCUGGAGCAGGUGCACUCCGCUGCGGACUAUGUGCUGUCCCACCAGCAGGAUGAUGGGUGGCUCGGCCCUGAGAAUGGGACAGACAGGAAUUUCUGGGGCAGGAUGCCCUUUUUGCUGGGGUUGAAGGGGCUGGCUGAGGCAGAGAAAGGUGGGGAGUGGGAGUCUAGGAUUGUUGAUUCGCUCUGGAAGUUUAUGGGGGUGACGAACGAGAUGCUGAGGGAUAAUUUCACGGGGUAUCACUAUCAUGAGGGAGAUGCGGUGGGGCAGGGAGACGAACAAUGGGGCCGUGUUCGAGUCCAGGAUAUGAUUAUCACUCUUCAAUGGCUUUACGAAGAGCAUUCUUCCGACCGCAAUGCCUCACAAGUUAUGGAAAAUAUGCAGCUCCUCAUAGAAGGCUCGCUGAAUUGGGCUGAUUGGUACAACCCCGAGAUUUAUAUCAAGGAAGACCUCAACACACUGCCGGUAUCCGAAACCGAACCUCUCUUUGCCUACGAGCAUGGUGUCAACGUUGGCCAAGGUCUCAAGGCCCUCGCGGUUUUCAGACGCGUUACGCACAACGACAGUCUAGUACAGACUAGCAAAGAUGCCGUAGAUUGGACUUUCCAAUACCAUGGCGCUGCCUCAGGAGCCAUUCUUGCAGACGAAAGACUUGCGGGGCUGGCACCGUACUACGGAUCGGAGACAUGUACACUGGUCGAGACGAUGUACUCGCUGUCGUACUUAUACCAGGCUCUGGGUGACGCGUCAUACGCCGAUCGCUGCGAGAAGACGGCUUUCAAUGCGCUCCCUGUCCAGCUGACGCCGGACUGGUGGGCAAGACAGUACGUCUCGCAACCGAAUCAGCCUUACGCACAACAUUUGGAUGAGACUCCUUUCUGGAAUGUGAAUCAAUGGGGUCAAUCAUACGGUCUUGAAGUCGAUUAUCCUUGCUGCACGGUCAACCAUCCACAAGGCUAUCCCAAAUUCGCAGCAGCGAUGUACGUUCAGGCUGGAGACGGUGGUAUCGCGCAUGCCCUGCUCGGACCCGGAAGCGCUACGGUCGGCGAUACGAAGAUUGAUUGCGAAACGGAGUACCCCUUUAGCAACACGCUCACAUACGCCAUCACCGCGAAAUCCGAGUUCUACUUCCAUGUGCGUGUCCCUUCGUGGGCCGACGCGUCAAAGACUACCAUAUCCACCGGCUCAAACUCCAGCGCUGUCAAUCCUGACCCGCAAACCGGCUUACACAAACUCUCGGUUUCAUCCGGUACCACAAAAGUAACCUACACCUUGAGCGAGCCAUCAAUCAUCCAAGAAGAUCGCGCAAACGACACCGUCGCCAUACACUACGGCGCCCUCGUUUUCGCCCUCGCCGUUCCCUCGACGAACUCCUCCACGCGGCCCAAGCAGUACGGCUCCAACGAGCCGCUGCCAGUAGACUACGCACCACCCCAGGCCCUCGAUUACUCGUACCACAAUGCUUCUGCAUGGAAUUACGCCAUUGAUCCCGACACGCUCACUGUGCACCGCUCCAACGAAAGUGGCCUCGCAAACCCGCUUUUCGCGCCGGGGGCGCUGCCCAUUUGGAUGACUGCGAAGGCGUGCGAGAUUGAGUGGGGGGUGUAUAAGGGGGUGCCGGAUGCGCCGCCGACGGGGGAGAAUAGGAAGUGUACGGGGGAUGUGGUGGAUGUGAGAUUAGAACCGUUGGGUAGCGCGAAGAUCCAUUUGGUGGAUUUGCCUGUGUUGAAGCUUGUGGAUGGUGGCGCGAGGGGUGGUGAGAGUAUCGGGACGAAGGAGAAGAAGUCUACUGAGAUGCGGCAAGAGUGGGGAUAG